CGUCAUCUUGUCCCUUCUGUCCCUCUCAUCUUUUCAUCAGCCUAUACAGUCAUUUCUCGCUCUUUUCUCUUUCGAAAUACCUGCUCGACGCUUAAUCCGUCCACUAAACAUUAGCAGCCCUUCUCCCGGCGCUUCCGCUCGCUCAGCUCGUUAUGAGCUCGCAGCGUUAUGAACGGGUAAACGCCCACGACGACGAUGACACCCCUCCGUCGAUCGCCCUGCAGCCUACUUCUUCAUCUCCGCCUCCCUCGUUCCGCUCACGUUCCGCUUCGCCCUCCUCACGACGUCUCCUUCACGACGACCCUCUACACCGAAACAGCACAGAACAGACUCUCGCCGAUGCGUUUGAUGACAGCGACUCUGAGGCAGAUGAUGAGCCAGAUGACCGGCAACGGCUAAUGCGAGCUCAGCCGGAUGCCUGGACGACAGCAGAUACUGGCAACAACACAUCGACAUCAGCAGACGGGGUCGGGGCAGCGUCCUCAUCCGGUACGGGCGGUGACGCACAGGUGGGAGGUCGCUCAAAUACGGAUGCCACGCCUUCGAGAGGGUUUCAGCGAACCUCCACGUUGUUGCCUUUCUUUGGCGGCACGUCAAGUUCCGGAUCGAAUCGCCAUAUCACUUCAUCAAAUGAUGGGGUUUUUGCGAAUUUGGCAGCCAAGCCAGAGAGGGGGGAAAAGAGUGAGGAUUUGCCUCCGUCAUAUGAAGAGGCUGCUGCCGAUGCGACUCCACCAUACUGGGAGACCACUAUUGUGGCACCUGGUAUUUCGUCGGAUGAGGUCUACGUUGAUGGGCUGCCGGUCGGCUCGAUCUUCUCUUUCAUUUGGAAUGCCAUGAUUUCUAUGUCGUUCCAACUAGUUGGCUUCCUCCUCACAUAUUUGCUCCACACGACACAUGCCGCAAAGAACGGGAGCCGGGCUGGUCUCGGCCUCACAUUAGUGCAGUACGGUUUUUAUAUGAAGGGAGGUAGUGAGUCAAGUUCGGGUGGAGGUUCUGACGAACAUAUUACACCGCCGGACCCUAAUAGCCAUAGCUUUGACCCGAACCAGGUGGCCGAAGGUGGAGGCUCAGGCGGCGAUGGAGGUGGUGGUGCGGCUGCAAUCACCACGAGCGAGUGGAUUUCUUAUGUUUUGAUGAUUGUUGGAUGGUUCAUCCUAAUCCGGGCUAUUAGCGACUUCCUCCGGGCUCGACGCCAUGAGCAAUUGGUCCUGCAAAGCCCUGAGCGCGGGCUCCCUGUUCCGGUCAUUGCUGAGAAUGAGAGGUCCGAGACAGUCGUCUAAGUCUUCUUAUUACUGUAUGCAUCAAUAGAGGAGUUCUCUGCUUGACAUUCUCUAUUGUUAUUUCCAUUUUUAUAUUGAC